AAGACAUUCUUCUUCUCCAUGCAUAGGUUUAAGUGGCACAGGCGAAACUUUCAGCAACCUGCCUUAAGGGCAUUAGCUUGAAAUAAGUUAGCUAUGGCCAGACCUGCAAACAGCAAGAGGAAUCGACAGAAGAAAAAGCAUCUCAACUACUCUCGCAAAACAUCUGCAAAGAAGAAGGCCAAGAGGAGGAGGAAGCAGAAAGUUGGUCCACAUGAGGAAAUAAGGAAGAGUUGGGAUCCAAGCAAGUCAUUGAAGGAGAACUAUGAUGAAAUGGGACUUGUUCUCAAUGUCAAUGCCAGCCUUCCUCUUCAAACAGGAAAGGUGACCCUUGAACCCAUGGAAGUGGAGCAUGGAACUAAAAAAAAGCAGGCGAAGAAAAGGCCCAGGGAGAGAGCUGCUGAACGCAUGGAGUUAGACUUGAAGAGAAAAGAAGCAGAGCGAGCCAAGGUGAAGACAUAUCUCCUUCCUGAGCCAGAGUACUUAUGGCUCCAGGAUCUGCUCGAUCAAUAUGGAGAAGAAACACAGAAGAUGGCCAGAGAUCCCAAGAAUCACUAUCAGUUGACUCCAAAGCAAAUACAGAGGAAGAUUAAUCAAUUGAAGAACAUCCCUGACCAAUGGGCCAGAUACCUGAAACACCGGAACUCACUGCCUUCCAUGAAUGAAGAUGGCCAAGUGAGCAUUCCUACCACAGAUUGAAUGGUCCUACCUACAUUGUUUGUUUUGGUCAUUUUGUGAUUGCAUGAGUGGGGGUCCCACGUGUUACUGGAAAUGAGAAAAAACCACUGCUUGCACUUUUCACA